UUUCACAGAAAUGCUGUGCAGCCAGCUGGGGUCAGCUGCAGGUGCUUCUGCAGUUCAUACUCUGUGGUCGUGUUGAAAGAGGGCCUGUUGUCUUCCAACAGGAGCUGAAGGAGAAGGAGCUUCUGAGAACCAUGAUGUCCCUCGGUGUCAGCAAAGGACGUGUGAUUCCACCUACAGAUGAGGACCGCAGGAGGAUCAUAAAGCAGAUGAAGGUUCGCACCACGCUGAAAGGGGAUAAGAGCUGGAUCCAUCACCAGAACUCAGAUUCUGAAGAGGAGAAGAAGAGCAGCCCGCUGUCUGAACGGGCUGAUGGGGGAUCCUCAGUCUCAGCACCCCAGAGCGACAGGUCUUCUGCCUCCAAGCCUCAGUCCGGUUACCUCAUCAGGGGAGUAUUCACAAGAACCAUUGAUAAGACUCCUUCAUUGCCAGAUUCAUCUUCCAAAGAAGCACAGAAAAGCACUGCAGUGAAGGGAUCCAACCAGUGUCGUUCUUCCUCUGGCUACAGGAUGACAACUGAGGAUUACAAGAAACUAGCUCCAUAUAACGUCAAGCAAAGGUCACUGGACUUGGAUGAAGAGGAUGUGCCUUUUACUCCAGAUGAACAUAAAAAGAGGACAGAGGCAGCCAACAGUGUCCUGAGACGCACUGCCAGCAGAGAACGUGCUUAUGUCCUCUCAGCAGCCAAGAAAAGCAACGGCAGCCCAACACAAGAAUUCCCACCCUUGUUCGCCAAGAGAAUUGAAAUAGAAGAAGAAGGACAGCAGAGGAGGAGUUCAACCGCGUCUGAUUCAUGCAAGUUUACACCAGAUGGCAACAGCACUGAAACAGGCAGUAAGACCCAAACAAUCACAUCCUUGAGUGAAACUUCACAGAGAAUCUCCACUUGUUCUGAAACCAGUUACCCUGAAAACACAGAAACCAACAAUGAAUUUUACCAACCAAACAGGUCCAACUCUGGUUGCAGGGACAAAACUGCGGAUGCUACAGCCAAGCUGCGCUGCCAGUACGAGAUGUCUCAGUACCUGGAUGAUGCAAAGUCCGAACCUGCAAGGUCUGCCUUACAGUCUAAUGUCUCCUGUCCUCCUACCGACAGAGCCCCUGUGCACCCAGAGGACACAGACUAUUACUUUAAAAGGUCUACCCAAGGUUACGAAGAGGAGGACACCCCUAGAGAAAGGGGGCAUGAGAGCACACGGGCCACAGAUGAACAUAAAUCGGAGCUGCGCUCAGGAGAGUUUUCUGACUCAAACAACCAUACUGAGAAGCGAGAAGAGCCUCCUGACCAUGACACCCAAACGGAGUCUCCCAGGUCAAAGGAACACGCCGAGUAUGAACAGAGCAUGGCUAAGUCCAGCUCCCUACAUAGAGAAAGCAGCAUCACUGCUCCAGAAACCCAAUGUGCAAACAAAUCUGACCCAUGCAUUGAAAGGAUUGCUCCAGCUUAUGAAGAACAAACCUCUUCCACCAGUGAUAGUCACCAUGAGAGCUUGGGAGCCCCAGGACACAAUGAACCUAACCCAAUGGCAGCGAGCAGGUCUAACUUCAUCUCUAAAGAGAGUGCUCUCAGUGCAUAUGAGACCCAGCAUCCCAUGCCACUGUAUGUGGACCGCCAGCCUUAUAACACCAGUGCGUCAGCACCCAGUCACAGGAUGCCAUCCUAUUUAGCCAGCCAAGUAUUCAGCACCCAGAGACCUACCCUGGAUUACAAAGGGACAGUUUAUGAUGAGAGAAGCAGCCCUAGCCACAGCAGAUAUGACAGCGCUAGUGCCAGGGGGCACUGUGAAUUUAACCCCUCCGCUGGAAGCCACUACUCCCUUUCCAGAGAUACCACCAUGCCCAUUUCCCAGAGAAGCCACAGAGUGCCGUUCUACAUGGACAGCUCAGACUUUAACAGCACCAGGCUUCUCUCCAGUUCAAGUGAGAGGAUCUCCACUCCAGCUGCCACCUUGCAGUAUAACAGCCCAGCGGCUUCUGGGUAUGGGCCUGACUCCGGCGCUACCGGAAAAGGGGUCCUCUUUGUGAAGGAGUACGUGAACAGCAGCGAGUUAUCGUCCUCCCCACGCUAUGGCAGUAGCAGCCUUGUAGAUUUGACUGACUCGGAGAGAGCAACCUCCAGCCACCACAGCUACCUGUCCAGCACUCCCCUGCAGAGGUCCUGUGAAGCUGUUUGCAGUUACUGUGGCCGUGAGAUCCAAGACUGCCCUAAGAUCAUCAUAGAGCAUCUUAACAUCUGCUGCCAUGAAUACUGUUUCAGGUGUGGAAUUUGCCACAAAGCAAUGGGAGAUCUUCUGGAUAAAAUAUUCAUCCACCGGGACAUUGUCCACUGUGACAAGUGCUAUGAGAAGCUCUUCUAGGGUUUUGCAGAGCUGGAGGAGGCAGCCAGUGGAAAGUCCUCAGCAGCACAUAUCAGAAUGUAUCUAGCUGUUUCUCACUGGCUGAGAUAGCACCAUUUCUGCUCCCCCUUUCCUCAAGUUAAUUUUCCCUUUCACUGCCUCAUCACAGUGAAUGAGUUUAACAUCCACUAGUUGAUGCUGUCAGCUGCAUACAAGACAAGUGUCAAUGUUAACAAGAUAAGGCCGUGUUGUCUACAAAAGAUAAGUGGGCUGAUUUUCCAGAGGUGCUGAGCUCCUCCACCUGUCUUUAACUUCAUUAAGAUUUCCUUGUGCUCCUUGUGUUGGAAUCAGGUAGAAGCUCCUUAGGUUUAUCUAAGCUAAUUGUGAGAAAUCUUUCUUGAUUUUUUUCUUUCAAUUUUGCAAUCAGGCUGCAGCUUAGUGCCUGUCAGCUAGCACAAAGCAGGCAGCUAUGAGAAGUGUUAAACACUAAAUUUGGAUUCUUGGGAGGGUUUGAAUUUAGCUCUUAGCAAAAGCCUAUAUCUGUUUUUUCCACCCCCAAAUCCUGCCUAGAAAUAGCUUCUGCCUGAUUUCCACUUGCUUUCCAUGGCCUUUCAGGAGCACUUGCAGACUCACUUUACUCUAAUUGUGUGUCAGCUUUAAUUUCCCUCUUCUGCCUACUCCCUAGUGGGUUCCUUCAGCAGCAUGCUUGUCUGCUGCCUGUUUGGGAAGAUAACACUCUCUUUCACCUGGUAGUCUAACUUGACUUCUGAUGCUAAGUGUCCAAUGGCCAAAUAAAAUGUGCCAGAGAAUACAUGUGUCAAUUGGCUCACCUGCUCAGCUGAAUCUGAAUUUUCCCCCACCUUGCCAAGGCUUGCUGUAAUGCCUCUUUGAUUGCUUUUCUUUACAUCACAAAUGCUAACUCACAAAAUUGAAUUUCUAUCAAGUGCUCUACAUACUAGAAGUCAGCAUCUCGUAAUUUUAACCCUUAAUUAAGCCACUUAAUGCUAUGCCACUGAGGAAAUUGAAUACCGAAACCUAGGAAGUCAGUUUCUCUGCCUUAAAAAUACAGCUCUGAAUGCAUCCAAAAAGUUAUUGUUUUCUCUCUGAAAGCAUUAGACGUAUCUGCAGAGCACCUAAGUCAGUUCUGUAAUAGCUCUUACUCGGAAAUAGGUGAUGGCAAAAGCUCUAAUGCAGACUAUUGUUAGCCAGAGAAUUCUUUAUGCUCUUAGUGAUGGAAGCCGGCAUGCAUGCGAAAGCUUAGCAAGUUAGUGUUUUUACAGCACAGUGCUGCUUAGCUUUUUGUAGGCCACUGUACCAGUUAUUUAACCAAGCUAUAGGCAUGACCUUAGAAGCACUCCAUGAGGGGAACUGCAUUUGAAAUCAGUAGCAGCUUUACUGCUGGGCAGCUUUCAGAUUGAGACCUUAAAGCCAUGUCUGUGACAGGGUGUUGGGCAGCUCCAUUUUGAGCAUGCUUAGUAUAGCCGGGGGACCAACAGCAGCCUUGAAGCCCACGCCUAGAAGCGUGGGGGAGAAGCCCAUAGCAGUAAUCACGAAGCCAUGAUUUGAAAAAUGCUGCUGCUUUUGGCUGCCUGCGUUUCUAAGUUAUCAAGUUGAGAUGCUGAAGGGAGAUCCACUUUUUGAACAGAAGAGGCUCACAGGCAUCUCAUGUUGAACCUCCCCAAAUUGCUGCUCAUUUCUGAAAACCUUGGUCUGCAGUUCCUUACUGGUACUUACACCUGUGGCUGGGAAUGAAGGGUAUAGAAGCUGUUCCAAGCCUUAUUAUACCAUGGUCGAAAGGGGAUUGUUUAAAAUGCCGAAACAGAUGGGCAUAUAACUACAGAGGCACUCUGAGAAGAUGAUCUACAGAAAUAACAUAUUUAUUGAUUCCAGAGUUCCUGCUGGGUGCGUGGCCUUAAGGGGAAAGGGUUUGUUUGGUCCAUCAUACAUUUUGCACCAUCUCUCUUCAGCGCUGUAUUUUCCUGCAGCAGUUGUUUAACCUGAAGUGUACAGCUCUAAUAAACGUUCAUAGCUCAACGUGCAACCUACUUACCUGUGUCACCGUUUAACAUAUUCCUGUUAUAGACCCCCUGUGAUCUGAUGGUCUGUGUCAUUUUUUUCUGCUCAGUGGCCUAAGGGCAUGACUGUCAGUAAAGUCACUGGUUGCUUUGUGGAGGAUCAGGCAAUGAGAAAGAGGAGGAAAGGUACCAACGAGAGAGGGCAUCCUCAGCGGAGGUGGUGGGUUGGAACCGGCUGAGCAAAUGUGUGAUCUGGUAUUCUUCGUACAGUUUAAGUCUGCUUGCUUUAAAAACCUUCCAACUACCUGGGAACAAAAGGGAGCCUUGAUACAUGCUGCUGUCAUCCUAAGAGUGCAAGCUGGCCUCCAUUUAAAAGAACAAGCCACUGUGUCGAGACAGAGGUGUAUUGGCUUCUUCUGUCUCAUGGGCUGCUCUCAGAGGUGCUGCCUGUCUCUUCUUCAUACAUUUCCUAGGAUUAGGCUGCUGCACAUUGCCGUCCUGUGUAGCACUGCCACAAAAGUCAAGGUUCAGUGGCACUUUCUCCACCAAAAAACACGUGCCACCCCAAAGGAGCCAGCAGCUAUUUUAAAAAUAAUAAUAUGCUUUUAGCUUGUUUUUGUCUAUCUCUGAAGUUUCAAGAAUUGCCAACCUACCCUUCCCCGCUCCACCUCCCUAAACAAAAAAGAAAUGAAACAGUCAUUUAAAGAUGCAAGUCUUCCUGCUUCCUGGUAUCUCCACAUAUUUGUGGAGAAUGGGUCAUCUGCAUGCAGAUUUCUUCUGUGCGAUGGAUGAGGUAAUGUGUUUUCCACAGACAUGCAUUGAAGAGAUCUUAUUUCACAAGGGAUAGACGCAGCCUUGAAAUAAAGAAUGAUACACGUUUUCUUGCCUCUCUGAAGCUUAUUUAGAAGAGCCAGCUCAAGUUGUGCUGUUACGGGCCUACCUGUCUCCUGACAGCAUGGCCUGAACGGGACCCGGCUGCGGAGGCAGAGGAAGGAGGGUUUCCAGGAUGGAGCUGCCGUGCCUCGUGGAGCCCUGAGGGUUUGGGGGUGGAUCCUGCUGCUUCUUCAGGGGUGGAUGGACCUCGGGCGGAUUAUUUCACGUGAAAUCAGGGAGAAGUGUGAAGCUAGUGACCGAGCGGGUGCGGAGGCAAAACCUGCUCCUGCGCUGAAGCCGCCGACCACUGUGCUUUUGGAGAUGCCAGCUUUUCCGCAGACUAAACGUUCCCGCAACUAUCACGUGGCAGUAGCAAACAUGGUGUUCAGGCCACAUUACUAUGUUUAAAAAAAAAAAAAAAAGCUUCUGCUUGUAGCACUUGCCCUGGAUGACAGCAAAAAGCCAUCUAACACUUGAUUAUCAAAAGAUCUGGGAGGACAUAUUUGGGCCCAACAUCCAUCUUGGAGGAGGAAGUCAAUGCUGACACGAAUGAGGACCUCUUUAAUGUCUUCUGCUGACACCACGUUCUGAAGCGGUAUCACCCUGGCCAGAGCUUUGGAAGAUCCCGCCUCAGGGUCAUUUUGCACCUCCCUUUCGUUUCAGCACCAGGGGCACGAGGAGACACCCACUCGGGGAUUCCCGUCCUCGCUUUCAGCGGCUCUUCCCCGAAGCUGCAGUAAAUGCUAGCAGCAGGCCAAAGCAACGCCUCGCCUCUGGAUCCGGACGCGCGGCGUUGGAGCAGGCGCCGCUCCACCACCAGGCGACCGUGCGGGCCUAGCGCUGGGGUCCCAC